ACCCAGCAACACAGCAGCACGCAUCACACUGUAGCACUUCAUUUGAACACACCAUUUUAAACCUAUGCCUCCUUAAUGUUUUAUUUUACUUGUUCUGUACAGCUGGUCCACAUUUGGUGUAGAGCUCCUGAAAUCUCACCAGAGUGAGCACAGCCAGGUGAGAGAAAAAUGACCCAUGUAAUAAAAGCAACAUCAGGCACUGAUGGCACUGUGGAGAGCAGUCCAGCUGGAGAUGUGCGAAUGAUCUCAGAAGAGCACGAGGAAUGGAGUAUUAUAACCCCACAAUCAUCUCCCACCAGCUACAAACAGAGAAGUGAGGAGUUCAGGAAGACUUUCAAAGAACUGAAUGAGACAGAAAGGCUUAUAGUGGACUACACAUGUGCUCUGCAAAAAGACAUUUUAUUGCAAGGACGCAUAUUUGUGACAGAGAAUUUUCUCUGUUUCUACAGUCAUGUUUUUUGGGGAACAAAGAUUAUUGUCAAUAUUAAAGAUAUCUCAUCCAUGACGAGGGAGAAGACAGCUCGAUUGAUACCAAAUGCCAUUCAGAUCAUUCAGACCAAUACUGAGAAGCUCUUCUUCACAUCUUUUACUGCAAGGGAGAAAAGUUACCAGAGCAUUUUUCGACUGUGGCAGAAUUUUCUGAUGGAUAAGCAAUUGACCAAGCAAGAGCUGUGGCAGAUGGUCAAACAGCAUUAUGGCAAUGACUUGGGUUUGAGCCAGGAGGAAAUGGAUAGUAUGCAGAUGAUGGUAGAUACUGUCACACAUAACCAGCCCAGUUGUUUUAGCUUGAACAUGAAAACAGAGGAUCACGCUGUAAAACUAGAGAGACCUUCCUCUCUACGACUUCCUCAGACCGAGCAGACGUCACACGAGGCCUCGACACCACAGGGAGACGACACGCAAUCGUCCAUCGGACUGCAGAGCACGCUCUCUCCGAAUGGGGAUGAUGCUCGGAGCACACCUUCACAGCCACGCAGUCCUAAUCUUUCCCUGGACCGCUUCAGCAAUGAGCGAUUGUCCAAGCGCUCGUCUCUGUCCUUGGAUCUGAAUGCCAAUGAGGACCGACUCUCUGAUAAUAGCGUAUCUGAUAGCAUGGAGGAGGUGGAACGAGACUGUGUGUCCCAGGCGCCUCAGGGAAGACUGUACGUGAACAGGGUGUUCCGUAUCAGUGCUGAGAAAAUGUUCGAGCUGCUUUUCACCGAUUCAUAUUUCUGCCGGCGUUUUAUGAAUGCCAGGAAGAUCACUGGUGCGACCUCUACAUCUUGGCAAAGGGACUCCACUGGCUCAAUGAAGAGAAGUUUAAACUACACCAUCACGAUCUCCAACCCACUAGUGGGUAAAUUUUCCACUGCAACGGAAAACCAGACACUAUAUAAGGAAUCCAGGGAGGGUCAUUAUUACUUGGUGGAUUCAGAAGUCUAUACACAUGACGUCCCGUACCACGACUAUUUCUACACUCUGAAUCGUUACUGCAUCAUUCGCAACUCGAAGCGCAAGUGUAGACUCCGGAUUUACACCGAUGUGAAAUACAAGAAGCAGCCGUGGGGAUUUGUAAAAUCUUUUAUCACAAAAAACUCUUGGAGUGGCCUGGAGGACUACUUCAGGCACCUUGAGGCGGAGCUUCUUGAGGAGGAGGCGGAGCUUAACCAAGGCUCCAGCGAUGCUGGAAAAGUUGGCUUGCGAAGAAGGAGGAGGACCUUCAGUCGCACCCUCCAGGAGCACAUGAGACCGGGCAGGCAGUACAGUAUAGACCCCGACCAGCAGCGAGAGAACUCCAUUGGUGCAGCAGACACAAAGAAUACACAAAAGUGGACCAUCACUUCUAUUAUAGCAGGAAUGAGCUUAAUAUUGUUGAUUUUGACCAUACUGAACCUGGGACUGUUCUUUAAGCUCUGGGCAAUGGAGGAUGUGGCGCAGCGUAUGUACUUAACCACAAAGCAGCGAUUAAGGGAAAGAGCCGAGGCCAGGUUGGCACCUGACCUGGGCCCUCAACAAAAUACAUUCCACAGGAGCCAGGAGGAGACUCGCUUACUGAAGGCCGUGCUGCAAGACUCCAUCAACCUUCUGGAGCAGUUACGUAAUUCUCUCGUGGUGCUUCAGCAGAACUUCCAAGGGUCCAAUAAGACCUCUACUCAGCUAUGACAUGCUGCUUGGUGACCCACAGACUGCAGGGGAAUUCUGCCCCCAAGGCUUUGCGUACAUCAGGAGACGUUGCCAUAGGCAACGGUUACCUCAGAGAUGUCCCUUUUUUUGCCAUCUGGUGUUACUACCUCAGGCCUUCUGCGCUGUGGAUGUUUUUGAGCCGUGUGCGAGUGUGUAGGGAUUUGUGGUGGCAGAGGGAGCGAUGUAGGCCCAUCGCCCCUGCAAAUUGUGAGCUCAGGGUAUGUUUAAAUUCACAGGUGUUGCCUUUUCCCUUUUGAUUAUAGUGUAAAUACUUGCAGUCAUCUACCUUAAUUAUUGAAUGUAUCCUGUUUUGGCCUGUUGAUUUGCACAGCAAUUGUUAACACCUCUGUUUAUAACCUCUCUCCAGGGCUUUAUGAACAUUGUGUGUGUGAGAGUUCAUGUGCAUGUGUGGACAUGUGCGUGAGAGAGAAAGAAGAUAUAUUGACUCUAAAUAUUCCGUUAUUGCACUCUUAUCCAGGGAAUUAUGAAGUUUUCAUUUUGUAAUUUUUUUUAAAACCAUUUUGGUAAAUUUGCUUAUGGCUAGAAAUUUUUUUCUGAUGUUUCUAGAAAUGUUUGCACCUCCAAACACUGCUGAAUGUCUCAGAAUACAGAGUUUUCAGUUUCUUGACUCUGCAGUGGUGUUUUUUUUUUUUUUUUUUUUAUUCUGCUAGAUUAUAAAAGUUCCUCUUUAGGAAUACAUGUACAGCAAAGUUAUAAAUAAUGUGGAACGGGUGUGCAUAAUAAUAGUUGAUUUUGAUAUUUUAUCUAUACAAUGUUUACACUGCAUUUUGAUGUAAUUUGUAAUUGUACAGAGAUUAUAAGGACUUAAAUAGUGGUAAUGUUUGCACACAAGCUGAUGGAAUUGUAAUGAUUUUGUGGGCUUUUUUGUUUUUAAUGGAUACAAAAGUUUAAGCCACGAAUUGUAAAUCUUUUUCAGAAAUGAAUGUGAUUUUAGUUUUCCAUUUGUAUGGAUGUUUUAAAUAAAAUUGUGUGAUGUCUAUUUAUGCCUUAAAUAAAAAGCCCUGUCUGUGGCAAUGUAAUUUAUAGUUUAGGGGUUUAUGCUAUAAAAACUUUAUAAGUUGCAGCUUGUAAUUCAGGUAAAAUGCCAUUUUUUUUAGAAUAAUGUGCCCCUCUCUAAAAAUAAAAUCCGAUGGUGUCCUUGUGUUUA